GCAGAGGCCUCUGGGAAACCGAGUCCACGCUCUAAAUAAUUCAAGCUCCCAUUCCUUCUCUUCUACUGCUAACAAGAUGCCGGCCGUACAUCACAAACUGCUCCUGGAGGACGCUUUGCAGGAUAGUCCUCAGACGCGCUCCUUGCUCAGUGUGUUUGAGGAAGAUGCUGGGAUGCUUACAGACUACACCAACCAGCUGCUACAAUCAAUGCAGCGUGUGUUUGGAGCCCAGAGUGAGAUGGGAUUGGCCACAGAGCAGCUCUCGAGGCAACUUCUAGAUUAUGAGAAGAAAAAUUUUGCCCUUGGAAAAGGUGAUGAAGAGGUAAUCACCACGCUGCAGAACUUUGCCCAAACUGUAGGGGAGCUGAACUCACUCCACUCUGUGCUAGCCAACCAGAUGGCCGACAGCAUGGUUUUCCCCUUGAUCCAGUUCCGAGAGAAAGACCUUACAGAGAUAAGCACACUGAAGGAAAUAUUUGGCUUCGCCACUGAUGAGCACGAGGCAGCUAUGGUCAAAUACAGCCGAUUGCCCAAGAAGAAGGAGAAUGAGAAGCUGAAGUCAGACUUGGUGAAGGAGAUCGCCUACACCAGAAGGAAGCAGCACCAGGCCUCACUGCAGUAUUACUGCGCCCUCAACGCCCUGCAGUAUCGCAAGAGAGUAGCUAUGCUUGAACCUAUGCUAGGCUACACACAGGCACAGAUCAGCUUCUUCAAGAAAGGCAUUGAGCUGGUGUCAAAGAAGAUGGACAACUUUCUCUCCUCUGUGUCCAACAUGACUCAAAAUAUCCAGGCCCAGCUGGACACGGAGGCGGAGGCCAUGCGUGCGUCCCAGAGGGAGCUUCUGUCUGUGGAGGACACUGUCUAUAUGCCAGAUAAGGACACGGAGCCUGUCAAUCGCACACUUAUCCAGAAGGCUGGCUAUCUCAACAUUAGGAAUAAAACAGGCCUAGUGACCACAGCCUGGGACCGACUGUACUUCUUCACCCAGGGAGGGAACCUCAUGUGCCAGCCGCGUGGGGCGGUGGCGGGGGGCAUGGUGUUGGACCUGGACAACAGCUCCGUCAUGGCUGUGGAGUGUGAAGACAGACGCUACUGUUUUCAGAUAACCUCCCCCUCAGGCAAAACGUCAAUGAUUCUACAAGCUGAGAGCAAAAGGGAAUAUGAAGAAUGGAUUUGCACUGUGAACAACAUCUCCAGACAGAUCUACCUGACUGACAACCCAGAGGCCGUGGCCAUCCGACUGAACCAGACCGCCAUCCAGGCAGUCACCCCCAUCACCAGCUUUGAGAAGAGACCAGAGGGCUCACCCAACCCUGACAGAGCAAAGCCAGGAGGUGUGCAUGUUGCCAGUGGUGGUUCCCAGACGACGGGGGCUGCUCCAGAACCAGAAGACCUGAUAGCCCCUGGGACACCCAUUCAGUUUGACAUCAUGCUGCCGGCCUCCGAAUUUCAAGACCAGAACAGGACUGGAGGGAGACGCACAAAUCCGUUUGGAGAAACCGAUGACGACUUUUCAACAGAAAGUGACGACUCCCUCCUGCAGCAAGUAUUCGCUGUGCGCUUCCAGGGCUCAAUGGCGGUGCGCUGUGGCAACAAUCAGGAGGUGAUCUAUGAGGCCAUGAGGCAGGUGCUGGCUGCCCGAGCCAUACACAACAUCUUCAAGACCACUGAGUCCCACCUCAUGGUCACCAGCAGUAGCCUCAGGUUGAUUGACCCUCAAACUCAAGUUACAAGAAUAAGCUUCCAGCUUGGAGAAGUGUGUCAGUUUGCAGCCCACCAAGAGAACGGGAGGCUGAUGGGGUUCGUGGUUGAGGGCAGAGACUGGAGUGACGGAGAUGAGGAGGGAGAGCCCUCGUUUAGCGCCUUUGUCUUUGAGAGCAACACAGAGGGCGAAAAGAUAUGUUACACCAUAAGCUUGGCGAAGGACAUUACAGAAGCCAAGAAGGACCCAGAGGCCCUGGCCCAGCUGAUGAAGAACAUGCCUCUAACCAACGACGGCAAAUUCCUGUUGCUGGAGCCUGAGACGGGCGACACCACAAACGGAGCAGAAGAAGACUUGGAGUCAGAAGCCUAGGACCCCCCAACCCCCCCCCCACCCCCAAAAAAGACCAGGGCCAUGGUCCAACUUUUUCCCAGGAGAGAAGGCUAUCCCUGGAUGAAGGUGUAAUCGUGUCUUGCUAGCCCUAACUCUGGUACUGUAACACCCAUAUUAGAGAGUGAGGUUCACUUCCACUUACCAUGUGUUACUAGGUCUCCAGUUUUUUUUGCUGUAAUGAAAGCAGAAGACGUUGGCAGGGGGUUGCCUGGACCAAAAAGCAAAUCUCAUGGGUGCUCCUUUAGAUCUGCUUUUCUCUGGUCAGACUGGAGCAUGGGUCUUUGGAUUUGGAGUCGUUUUUACACUAGUGUGGGUGGUACUUCCGUCUCAAGGGACACUAUAUAGGUGUUGAUUGUGUUUCGUUGUCUUCUAAUAUCCACAGCCACCUAACAAAAGGUGGUGAAUCAUUUGUUUCAUUUUAGGUUUACAUUCAUUUAUAAGUUUACAUAGUUUGUUUGGACAGUUUAUUCCUUUACUGUGUUUUACACAUUAACUUGUUCGUACGGCUCUUAUGCAACUACUUUGGUGUUUUUUUUGUUCAUUCAUGUACAAAAAAAAGUUAUUGCACUUCCAAAGUUAAUAUCUGUCUAAUAAUGCUUGAUGACUACAGAAUGCACUAAUUGAGACAUUUGAAGGAUCUACGACUUUAAAGACGAGGAAGGACUUAAGAUAGGUAAAAAUCAUGUCAGUUCCUUUUAGCCUCAGAGCAGUGAUUGUUGCAUUGCUUGUUAUUCUUAUUACUCAGUGUGAGCAUGUGAGUCCUGGAGCAGUGGACAAAAGUGGCAUGAGUGGUUAGACUAAACGUUUUUGUUUUUGCCACUAUGAGGUUACACAUACAUGGCACCCUGACUAUCUGAAGCAUUCCCACUGAAAUUAAUUAAUGUCAUAUUCUUCUGCGAUUCACCACUACCUGUACAAAACAAGUCUUAACAUGAUCUGUAUGCAAGGUCCUUGAGCACUCCAAAUAUUCUUCAGUAAAAGGAGUACUUUAUGCUACGUGUUUUGAAAGCCUAUGUAAAUAUGAACCGUCCGAGUGUCUAUGAUGUUUAAUCAGAGUUGGCUGCAUUAAUAGCUUUGAGUCAAUAUGCUAGGACUGAUGCGGUGCAUGAUUUAAUAAUGGCAUUCUCUCUCGGUCCCUUCGCAGAAUAUUAAAACCUCUACACGGAGCGCUGAACUCGUAAUACUAAAAAAAAUAAUGUUACAGUAGCACAUGUAGGCAGACCACAGCAGGGUAUUAUGUAAUCAUUGAAAAGCAACUUGCUCUUUGAGUAUACAUAUAAACCGAAAAAGGAAAGUAAAAGCGAUUGAUCUGUGAAAUUCUGCCUUCCCUCUGGAUCCCAGUGCAGUUUUAUUCCAUUUCUGCCAAUUUGAGCUGUAACACUAAUCUCAAUGGACAGUGGAAGCCUGCGAUGCGCUGUGUGAAUGUGACAUGAUUUUGUACUGUGUAAUACAGACAAGGUCAAAACCACUGACUUGACGUUGAUCGUGAAAGUUAGAUUGUGUAGACCGGUGCGUUUGCUCGUCUGCUUGCUUUUUCUAACUCUACAUCAGAGCGCUUGCCUGCUCUACUGGUAAAAUAAUUUGUUAUGAUUAUGUUUAAUUGCUUGUAACACUACUCAUUGUAAUCGAAGGAAUAGUUUGACAUUUGUAAAAAUGCACUUAUUUGCUUUCUGGUGUAGAGUUAGAUGAGAAGAUUGAUACCACUCUCAAAUUAGAGCUGUAACUAUCUUCUAAUCUAACUCUCUACCAGAAAGCAAAUCAGUGCAUUUCCCAAAUGUCAAACCUUUGCUUUAACCCUUGUGUUGACUUCGGGUCACAUUGACCAGUUAUCAAUUUUUGUUUUAUAUCAGAAAAUAUGGGACGUAGAAAUAAGCGCUGAAAAUGUGUAGAAGAAAAAUUUAACAAUUUAAAACGUUGGAAAAAGCAAAAACAAAUUGUGAAAGAAAGGCGUCAGAAAUGUAGAGAAAUCAAGGUUGAUGGGAAGACAACACAAGGGUUAAGUCAUAACGAUUAACCAUUUCUCUUUAUGUUGCCUGAUGCUAUACAGACAAUUUUGUCCAUCUAAUAGACUUGUAACCUUCCUUGGGCGCUGGUUGAAAUGCUUCAAUCACACAAUUAAUAAAAGUACAGCAAUGCUUAGUGCAUCAGUCA